ACAAACACGACGAGGAAGAAGAAGAAGAAGAAGAAACAGGAAGAUGAAGAGAGCAGCUGAUGGUGGCACAUCUUAGGUUCUAUGCUCCAACUAAGGACCUCUGCAGAAGAGAACAGCUGCUGUGAAAUUUCCCAGCUCAGACAAGCGGUGUUACAAAACAAUGACAGACUCCUCGAUGAGAUGCUCUGCCAAGAAGUCUACAAGAAAGUCAUCAACUGCCGAGGUGGCUGGGGCAUCGCCGGCACGCCUCUGCACGCGGCCGUGUCCAAGGGCCACCUCAGCUGCCUGCAGGUUCUGCUAGGCCACGGCGCCCUGGUGGACUGCGUGGACGUCAAGGCUCAGACCCCUCUCUUCGCGGCCGUCCGGGGAAAAUACCUGGAAUGUGUCCUCGCGCUCCUCGGAGCCGGCGCCAACCCCAAUGGCAACGCGUCCAACAACUGCUCCCCCGUCCUCACCGCGGCUCGGGAGGGUGACGUGGAGAUACUGGGGGAGCUGCUGAGGCGCGGCGCGGAGGUCAACUCCCGCGCCAAGGUCCUGCUCUGGACGUCCCGCGCCAGGGUGUCCAGCGGGCCGCUGUACCUGGCCGCCGUGUACGGACACAUGGAAUGUUUCAGACUGCUGCUCCUCUACGGGGCCGACCCGGAUUACAACUGCACGGAUGCGAGGCUGCUGAGUUCUAUCAAGCAGCCCAAGACGGUGCUGGAGAUGUGCCUCAGGCACGGCUGCGGCGUGGAGUACAUCCAGCUCUUGAUCGACUUCGGCGCUAACGUCUACCUCCCCACGCUGAUCAUCGAGAAGUCCACCAAGCAGAACGAGGCCGUGGAGCUGCUUCUGCAGGAAAGAGGAAAUCCAAAGGCCUUGACUUCCCAGUGCCGACUCGCCGUCCGAAGAUACCUCAAAACGAUCGGCGGGGUCCACUGCAUCGACCAGCUGGACAUGCCAACAAGUCUCGUGAACUUCUUGCAGCACACGCCGGUCCCGGCCCACUGUUCUAUAGCCCAGUGAGCCCGGGGAUGUAAAUUCAUGGCUAUUUAACUCUGUGAUUGAACUCUUGUGAACAACCUUUUUGUUUUUAGAUUUACGUCUGUUCGUGUGCUGUUCAGUUUCAGACGAAGAAAUUAAAUGUGCGGGGGGGGUAAAGUG